GGGAGAUAAAGAGAACCUUCUCAGAAGCUGUAAUCAUCUCCAUUUUUAAGUUAUAUAUAAAAGGGUCACUAACCUCUAUCUUAUGUCUAUAUAAACAAAGGGUGCAUGUCUCGUAUCUGCAUCACAUUACAUAUAUAAUCUUUUUUGUAGUUGUCUAUCACUUUUUCUACACAACAUUCUUUCAUUUACAAUAUGGGUGUAAUAUUAGAAGGACAAAGAAAGGAAUCCAUUUGGGUUUCAAUGAGAAGACAAAGGGCUCGAAGGGCACUUGUGAAGAAGAUCAUGAUCCGACCGAGGAAAAGUCUAGAAGCUUCUAGAAGACGGUAUCGUGCCAUUCAUAGACGAGUCAGGACGUUGAAAGAGCUUGUUCCGAACACCAAAACAUCAGAAGGUUUGGAUGGACUUUUCAGACAAACGGCAGAUUAUAUUUUGGCUUUGGAAAUGAAAGUGAGGGUCAUGCAGACAAUGGUUCAGGUUUUGACCGAAACCGACUGUGUUUUAAAACCUUCAUAUAAUUUUUUGUAAAGGCUUGUUGGAUUUUACGGGUUUUUAGUUUUUAUUUGUUCGUGUUUUCAUUUUUAUCAUCGUGUGAUUGUCGAAAAGUUAAUUUGGUUUAUGUUGCUGAUGUGACACCGCCAAAAAAAAAGUUAUUGAAAAUCAAGAUAUAUGGUAUAUUUUAUGCUUA